GCAAUUGCUACGACGCGUCGUAAAUUUCACACACUCAAACUUGAAUCGACCCAUUAUUGCUUUAACUGGGACGUUGUCCCUCGAUCCAACACACCAAUGGAAUCUGAUGACUCCAGGCUUGACGCAUUGCUCAGUCAUUGCAAAAGUAACGAUGUCGACGUCAAAAUCGAUGCUUUGACGAAGAUUCAAGUUGAAGCUGAACAAGGAUUGGAGAUCAACGACCCGGACGCCCUCAUUAAUGUUCUCAAAUCCUGUUUACGGAUUUCGAAUCAACACCUUACGACUGCCACCUUGUCCGCAUUACCAACACUCCUUCCUCUCCUCAUUUCACGGCCUUUGAACGCCCCUCCGCCACGCCUUCCCGCAAACGGCCAAUCAUCAGCUCAUUCUUCCACCUCUUCUACUUCGCCAUCCUCCAUCGUCGAUGCUUACGCUCUUCGCCAACUGCUCAAUGCCUUUCUUCCUACAGGAGGUCUAUUCGAGAGGCUCGGCGAUAAAGAGAAAGCUCAGACGAAGGCACGCGAAGCAUUAGUGAUUUUGGGUGGAUUCGCUUUCCGGGCCCCAGGUUCAACGCUGGCUACCAUGUCCACUGGAUCGCGCAGUGGUAAGGGCCCUGAGACUUCUCUGGUGGUUUUCGAACGCUUCUUGAGGGAAAAUGGUCUGAGUAGCAAAGUAUGGAAGGUCAGGGAACAGUCUAUUCUGACACUGGUACAAAUUCGACGCCAACACCACAUGUUUCCGCUACGCCCUUACCUUCCACUGCUGGUUGAUUGCUUGGAAGACACAGACGCUCAUGUACGCGAUUGCGCACGUCAAUCUGUCAUCGAACUCUUUUCCGGACCCUCCGUGACCGAUGCUGCUCGUGCAGAUCUGAAGAAAGAGAUGUCAAAAAAGGGCGUGCGUAAAACAAUUGUCGACGGUGUGCUGUCGAAAAUCCUGAACGGAAAUGGGGCCGACAGCAAUCCGCAGAGUCCGUCUGGCUCGGAAAGUGGAGAUAGUAAACCCAUCAGCUACGUUCCUCCCAGCUUGGCAUUGCAAGGUCGAAAGGCGUCGGGAGCCCCUACUCCGCUAGCACCAUCACUUAGUCAAUCUGGUAUCAUUAGGCCCCCCAGUCGAGCUGCAGCGUUGGACUCUUCAAUGCCUCCGACACCUACUACUGAAGUACCGUCAGAAGUGAAGCCCGUCUAUAUUGCUUCUGUUCGUGAUCUCGAGAAUGAAUUUCAAGGCAUGGAGAAAGCCUUUGAGGGCAAAGAAACCGAGCAUAACUGGUCGACUCGGGAACAAUCUAUUUUACGAGUACGGGGUAUGUUGAAAGGUGAUGUUCACCAGAAAUACUUCGACUCCUUCCUGGCUUGCCUUAAACAAAGCUUCAUUCAAUGGUCUUUGAAGACGCUGGCCAGUCUGCGUACGACGGUGUGUACGAAUACAUGCGCGCUCUAUCAAGAGCUUGCUGCUGCUCUUGGGACAUCCAUUGAUCCGUUGUGCGAUUUGCUCCUCACACACCUCCUCAGAAUGGCAGGUUUCACCAAAAAGCUAACCGCAGACCGUUCGCAAGCUGCUGUAAACUCACUCAUCAUGUAUUCUUCCGGUACCCCACGCAUCUUCAUCUCGCUCAUUUCGCAAAUAUCGAAGGAAAAGAACGUUCAAGCACGAAAUUUUGCGAUGGGACACUUCAAAGCUUAUAUCGACAUUCAUGGUCAUCGUGCCAAGAGUGCGAUAGAAUCAUUCGGUGGAGUAGAUAUAUUGGAAAGCGCGAUCAAAAAAUCCCUCGGGGACCCUAAUGCAGGCGUCAAAGCCGCUGCACGAGCAGCGUUUUGGUCUUUCAAUGAAAUUUGGAGAGAGCGUGGAGUAGCUAUCCUUGAGACUUUGACUCCGCUUGCGCGGAAGGAGGUCGAGAAAGUUUGUCCCAACCCAGAACUUGCCUUAUCUUUGCCGCCAACAACACCAAAGCCGGCCAAGAAGUCGAGCGUAGCCGCCGCGAUUGCUGCAAGCCGAGCCAAGGCUAAGGCAAUUGCGACUGCUCCUCCAAGUCUGCGGCAUCAAGCUACUUCCGCAUCUCACAUCGCUCCAGCCAGGCGAUCUGCCUCGCCAAGUUUGUCGAAAAGCACAAGCCGAAGUCCACCUUCUCGUCCCUCUUCUCCUUUGCGCACCUCCACCGGUCCAAGCCCUCCUAGGUCGCGUAUUAUCUCCAAUACAAUGCCCCGCUCAAUCAGCACCACUGCAAUUACGCCUUCGACGUCGCGUCCGGUACCUCGCUCCGAUUCCCCUCCUUCUCCCCCGUCUCCUGUUUCAGAUAGCUUUUCAAGGCGACUCUCAUCCCCUUUGGCUACUGGUAUAUCCCCAACUCGUCCAACAACAAUACGAAGGGCCAUGCAAACCACCCUCCCGGCCUCGCCUCAUUCUACUGAGUCGCCUCCGCAUCGGUCCGUCUCCCGAGUCCAACCUGCUUUCGCUGCUGCGGCAGCUCGGAUGUCUAGUUUGAUGCCAACAUUAAACGGUUCUGAUGAAGACUCUCUUCUCCUUGCCACCGCAAUCCCCCUCCCAGAUGGAGACAGUGACUCUGACGAACAUUCGAUCAACCUGAUGUCGUUUUCGGCUCCGUAUGAAAUUCACCAUCUGCCUCCUGCUUCCGACUCUCAAGUACAUUCUGUCUCUCCCAAUUCUGCAGAAUUGAAUCCUAUAAUUGGUGUUUCAAAUGCACUGUCCACGGACUCUGUGACAGAAUUGGCGCAAGGGGGUGGUGCACCAGUGGUCGAAGAUGCUCUGAGGGCACGAGCGGAGCAAGCAGAAAGUGCUGCAGAGAGGUUGUUGGAAUUGGUUGAGCCUGAGGAUGAUAUCCCUCAUCCUAUUUUGCCACCCUCGCUUCUCGUGGGAAGCCCUGUUUCGAAUGGGCUUUCAACACCUGGAAAAUCAAAACCUCCCCCAGUCUCCGUUGCUCAAUUUCCUGUGACACCAAAGAACCGGGCUUCGAUUGUCAUGCGGCAGGCCGCUCUUUUCCAAGAUAGUCCUGCUUAUAACGGGAGAGCUCCGUCACUGCUUGAUGUCUUGCAAGAUCGCUCAAAGGAAACCGGCUGGUGGCUGAAACGGAAGACCUUACUUAGCCAACGAAUUACGCUCGGUAUAGCUGAAUCGUCCAAUGCGCAGACGGACCUCGAGAACUACAUUUCCGUUUUAGAAGAAGGAGAUCCACACUUGUCCACGUUACAAAAGCUUGUCUUCCUGUGUAUAGAGAACCCCGCCAUUGAUGUGUUAUCCCCACUUAGUCCCGACUCGCUUUAUCCGAUGAGUCCAUCUCCGUUCACAAGCUCUGGCCCAGUCCCCACUCUUCAUCGUGAUAUGUGGGAGAAGAACCGCAACUUCGACAAAUUAUUCAACGCACUUGGUAGUUAUAUGGUGUCUACCAAGGAUGAGAUACAGAUAGAACAUGGCCUAAUGGUCUUGUGGCAAAUGCUUGAAAGCCAAUCGAUACAUCUUGAGGGGCGGGAGGGUGAUGUUUUCACUCUGCUAUUGCGAGUCAGAUACUGCAACAAAUUCAAUGUCCUCGAGGCUACCAACACUAUCCGGGACGUUCUCACUGCGCGCAUCGAGCCUGUUUAUGGUCUGACUACGUUGCACGCAAGUCUUCGUACUUUUCAGUCCGAAGCACCACCAUUACAAGGCGAUGUAGAGGUCAAGGCUGCAUCGUAUGCGUUCGGCCUGAUUGCCCUUGGAAAAUUCAUACUUCGCCUCCCUGCCGAAAUAGCUGAAGAGGAACUACCUCGCCUUCGUGAUACAUUAAUCUCGGGUCUGAACGAUGCGAAAUCGCUCGUUAUUCGGGAAGCUGCAGCAGCCGCCAUUAUCUCUGCGCAACUAGUUCUCCGUGAUGAAACACAUUUAUUCGCCCUUCUUGACGGUCUGGCAGACGAGAAAAAAAAUCUUCUUACCUAUCUUUUUGAUAAACAUGGUGCUCGAGGCUUGUCACAUUCUCUCGGUCGAACUGGUGUCGACAAACUUGAGAAAGAGAUGAGAAGAUUGGAUAGCAGGACGAGCACCCCUCCGAGACAGCCUAGUUAAAUAAUGAUGUAAUCAAAGUUCUUUCUUCGUCUAGUAUCUCUGAUUUUUGACGAUCGCUUUUUGCUGUUGUAUUAACCCUACGUAUAUGCAUAUGAACUACGUAUGCUAUUUUAAUAAAACCUACUGAACUUCU